GUGGGGGCCAGGAGCCGGAGGGGCCUCCGAGCGUCCCAGCUCGCUGCCCGUUCCCGCGACCCCGCAGCCCGCAACCUUGGGGGGGAGGCGCACGAUGUGGCAGGCGACCCCGCCCCGACCCCGCGCGCCCUGCCGCUGGGCGCCGGCCCUGCUGGUCCUCCUGGCCCUGCUGGGCGGCUCGGGGUUGUGCCACGCGAGCUCGCAGGCCGGGUACCACGCGCGGCCCAGCGCCAGGAACAAGAACUGGUGCGCCUUCAUCGUGAGUAAGAACGUGAGCUGCACAGUGCAGGAGGGAAGCGAGAGUUUUAUUCAGGCUCAGUACAACUGUCCCUGGAGCCAGAUGCCCUGUCCGUCCGCUCUGGUGUACCGGGUAAACUUCAGACCCAGAUUUGUCACCAGGUAUAAGACAGUGACCCAGUUGGAAUGGAGGUGCUGCCCUGGCUACAGAGGAGCCGACUGCCAAGAAGGUCCUAGAGACCCCAUGAAGACCCCGCGGCUCCCACCUGCUCGGCCAAGAAACAACCUGAAGAAAGCCACAGAUACUGACCCAAGCCGGGUCUCACAGCCUAAGGCAACCUUGUCACCAACGGACGCAGCACACCCAGGAAAAGCAGCAGAUCCAAAGCAAGGUCCUCCGGAACAUCAGCAAACCAAAGUCCAGGUGCUGGAGGAGAAGGUUGUCCGACUCACCAGGAUGGUACUAGACCUCCAGUCUUCCGUGGAGGAACUGAAGGAGAACCUCAAACACACCAUUCAAGACGAUGGCAGCAAAGGGCCAGCCUCCUGGCUCGGCCACCAGCACCCGCUGCCAACCCCCGAUGGCACCUUUGCGGAAGACACAGAGCUGAGCCAGCUUCCUAGAAGCCUUGGCACCAAGGAAUCCGGCAUGAAGGAUAUCAAGUCUGAAUUGGAGGAAGUCAAGGACACCCUGAAGACCAAGAGUGACAAGCUGGAGGAGCUGGAUGGGAAGGUGAAGGGCUAUGAAGGGCAGCUCAAGCAGCUGCAGGAGGCUGCCCAGGGCCCCACCGUCACCAUGACAACCAACGAGCUGUACCAGGCCUACGUGGAUAGCAAGAUCGAUGCCCUGCGAGAGGAGCUCAUGGAGGGCAUGGACCGGAAGCUGGCCGACCUGAAGAACACGUGUGAGUAUAAGCUUGUGGGCCUCCAGCAGCAGUGCGACGACUACGGCAGCAGCUACCUGGGGGUGCUCGAGCUGAUUGGGGAGAAAGAGGCGAGCCUGAAGAAGGACAUUGCUGCCCUGCGGGCCCAGCUGCCAGGCCCCUCGGCCCCGCCAAGUUGCUGUGACAGUCCAAAGGGUGGUGACCUCGGCCAACAGCUCAAGACAUUAGACCAGAAAAUCGAGAGGGUUGCUGAGGCCACCAGGAUGCUGAACGGACGGCUGGACAAUGAGUUUGACCGCCUCUCCGUUCCAGAGCCAGGCGCGGACUUUGAUGCGCGAUGGAACGAGCUGGAUGCGAGGAUCAACGUGACGGAGAAGAACGCAGAAGAGCACUGCUUUUACAUCGAGGAGACCCUCCGGGGCGCCAUCAGCGGUGAGGUGGGUGACCUGAGGAAGCUUCUCGACCAGAAGAUCCAUUCCCUGGAAGACCGGCUGGGGAUGGUUCUGCACGUGGCCAACAGCUCCGACGUGGAGUUUCCACCCGAGGGCCCAGCCUUGCCCGGGCAGCCAGGGGCUGGGAAUGCGCAGGUCCUGAUGGAGUUAAGCCGCCUGAAGGACAAAGUCCAAGUGGUCGAGGACAUCUGCAUGCAGAGCCUGCCCCACGGGCUGGACGGCGCCCUGCCUAGUGAAGAGGACCUCACACAGGUCAGCCUGAGCCUUUUGGACUCCCUCAAUGACACACUGCACAGGAAGUUCCAAGAGACGGACCGCAGCAUCCAGAAGCUCCGAGAGGACUUGAGUGCCCUGCACUCUCAGCUGAAUCAUUCGGGGUGUCGGGGCGCCUGCUCGCAGAGUGGGCUAAGCGACAGCCGAGCCGGCGACAGUGCGGAAGCAAGUGGCUUUACUAAGACCGGGGAGCAGGAGAGGACAGCGGGGACUGUGGCUCCGUGCUGUGGCCAGCUGGAGGAGCGCUGGCAGAGGCUGCAGGACCAGAUGCUGGCUGAGCUGGACACGUGCAAGGAGGGUACCCACGGGGUUCAGAGCGGGAUGUCUGCCGUGGAGGGCAGGGUGGCCCAGCUGGAGCAGACGUGCAGCAGGCUGGAUGCCAUCUCGGGGGGUCUGCAGAAGAUCAAGGAGGGGCUCAGCAGACACGUGGGCAGCCUGUGGACCUGCCUCCGGCAGAUGAACGGGACGCUCAGGUCACACUCCAGAGACAUUUCUGGCCUCAAGAACUCCGUGCAGCAGUUCUACAGCCACGUUUUCCAGAUUUCUACGGACUUGCAGGAUCUGGUCAAAUUUCAGCCAUCAGCAACAGAGGAGCCCUCAGAAGCCACCCAGGCGCCAUCUGGGAAGACCCCACCAGAAUCCACCAGACCCUCAGAGGAGGCUCCCACUGAGCCUCCCCUGCUGACCCCACCGCCAGAAGAUGCUGCCAGACCACCACAGACAGGCCAGCGGCCCGUACUGCCCCAGAGGCCCCUACAGCCACCGCCUUUGCCUGCUUGGCCUGGUCGCCAAGGCCUCCCCUUCCUGCCUGGGUCUAGCGGGGUCAUCAUGGAGACCGGAGAGGCUGGGCCUCCAGGCAGGAUGGGCAUGUCGGGAAGGGGCCUGCCCCAGGGAGUGGACGGACAGAUGGGGCAAGGGCCCAUUCCUAGCUCGGAAGGCUACGCAGGCGCGCCAGGCUACCCCAAGUCUCCUCCUGUAGCCACCCCAGGGGUGCCGCUGCCUGCCCUGGUGUCCUUCUCAGCUGGUCUUACCCAGAAGCCUUUUCCCAGUGAUGGAGGUGUGGUCCUUUUCAAUAAGGUGCUGGUGAACGAUGGGGGUGUGUAUAACCCCAACACUGGCAUCUUCACGGCGCCGUACGAUGGGCGCUACUUGAUCACGGCCACCCUCACCCCCGAGAGGGACGCGUACGUGGAAGCCGUGCUGUCUGUCUCCAACGCCAGUGUUGCCCAGCUGCACACCGCUGGGUACCGCAGGGAGUUUCUGGAGUACCACCGUCCCCCUGGGGCCGUGCACACUUGCGGGGGCCCGGGCGCCUUCCACCUCAUCGUGCACUUGAAGGCAGGAGACGGGGUCAAUGUUGUGGUGACUGGGGGCAGACUGGCGCACACAGACUUUGAUGAAAUGUACUCCACCUUUAGUGGCGUUUUCCUGUAUCCUUUCCUUUCCCACCUCUAGGGGAGUCGGGAGGGGAAGGAAGGCUGGACGAACCCCAAAGCGCUAAUAUAUUCAGUUUGUGUACCUGGAGCACAGCUCUAGCUCGCUGCACACUCCACCUGCCCCAGGUCAAAGGCCUUACCUCCCUGUAGAGACUGCCACCCCUAGUUUCCAGACAGCUGUGCAAGUGACACCUGAUUAAUGGGGCCCCCAUUUUCCUGUCACUGUAACUGGACGAGCAGAAGACGUGGUGAGUCCC